AUGUCGCCUGCUGCGCAGACCGCGGGCCGUGGCGGGGCCGUAUCUUUGCGGCGCUCUUUCGGCCUUCGGCAGCUGCCACGACGUCGUCCUCUACGACCAGCGUUAGCUGAUGGGGCUGUGUGGAGGGGCGGGGUUGGCCGCCCCCCGGGGCCCACGGGCAGGUUGAACUGCGUGCGCUGGGUUCGUCGGCGGGACCGCGCUUCUGAAACAGAGUUAAUUUCUGGUGGAUCUGAUAAACAACUUAUUCUUUGGGAUUGGAAUGGUGUAGAAACAUGGAAUAAUCAGCCUGUCAAAAGUGUUCCCCUCAAAGGCCACACGGAAGCUGUUUGUGCUGUGGAUGCUGUCUACCAGUCAGAGGAACCUGACCUUAACCUGCUAAUAGCUUCUGCAGCUUCUGACUCCACUGUGAGAAUCUGGUCUCGGCAUGGUUCAGAAGCUAAAUGCAUUGAAAUUCUGCAGUUUGGAAAUGGAUUUGUUAUGGAUGUCUGCUUAUCCUUCUUGCCUGGCAGCAAUGUACCAAUUCUGGCUUGUGGUGGUGACGACUGCAAAAUAAGUUUGUUCAUACAGCAGAAUGGUCAGUUUCAGAAAACAUUAAUACUCCCUGGACAUGAAGAUUGGAUAAGAGGUGUUGAGUGGGCAGUCUGUGGGGAAGACCUUUUUUUAGCAAGCUGUGCUCAGGAUUGUUUGAUAAGAAUUUGGAAAGUGUGUACAAAAUCAAAGCAACUUCCAGAAACUGAAGAUGAUUCCAUAAGAUUGAAAGAGAAUGUUUUUACUGUCAAAGAUACUGACACAUCAUAUGCAAUUACUUUGGAGUCAGUAUUGGCUGGUCAUGAAAACUGGGUGUAUGCAGUUCACUGGCAACCUUCAUUUUCCAAAGAUGGCAGCAUGCAACAACCAAUGAGGAUAUUGUCUGCAUCAAUGGACAAAACUGUGAUCAUCUGGGAGCCUGAUAAGGAAUCUGGAGUCUGGCUAGAACAGGUACGGGUAGGUGAAGUGGGUGGCAAUACUCUUGGAUUUUUUGACUGCCACUUUAGUCCAGAUGGUUCGAUGAUCGUUGCUCAUGCUUUUCAUGGAGCACUACAUCUUUGGAAACAGGCUACAGUUAAUAAGAAAGAAUGGACUCCAGAAGUUGUGAUUUCAGGACAUUUUAACAGUGUAGAGGAUGUAAAGUGGGAUCCAGAAGGAGAGUUUAUCAUCAGUGUGGGCUCUGAUCAAACUACUAGACUCUUUGCUCCAUGGAAAAGAAAAGAAGAGACACAGGUAACCUGGCAUGAAAUUGCAAGGCCUCAAGUACAUGGAUAUGACAUGCGUUGUCUGGCAAUGGUUGGCCGGUUUCAGUUUGUGUCAGGAGCAGAUGAAAAAGUGCUUCGAGUUUUUCGUGCUCCCAGGAAUUUUAUAGAAAAUUUCAGUAACAUCACUGGUAUUUCAAUGGAGAAGCUGUGCUCCCAUUCAUCUGAUCUUCCAGAAGGUGCAACUGUGCCAGCGUUGGGAUUAUCCAAUAAAGCUGUUUUUGAAGGAGAUAUGGCUCUUCAACCAGCAGAGGAUGAAGAAUCAUUUAAUACAAUUUCGAAUCAGUAUCCUGAGAUUUAUUUUCAACCCAUGAUCCUUACAGAACCUCCAUCAGAGGAUCACUUGCUGCAGAAUACCUUAUGGCCUGAAAUUCAGAAGUUAUAUGGACAUGGAUAUGAAAUAUUUUGUGUUGCUUGCAAUAAUUCAAACACUGUAAUUGCUUCAGCAUGUAAGGCUUCCAAAAAAGAACAUGCAGCAAUUAUUUUGUGGAGCACUACUUCUUGGAAAAAACUGCAGAGUUUGUCUUUUCACAAUCUGACUGUUACUCAACUGGCAUUUUCUCCUGAUGACAGAUUUUUACUAGCAGUUUCUAGAGACAGGAAUUGGUCACUGUGGAGGAAAGAAGACUCCUCUGAGUCAGGAGCAGUCUUCGCUUGCUGUGCAUACACAGACAAAAAUACAGCUGUUCACAGUCGAAUCAUUUGGUCUUGUGAUUGGACACCAGAUAGCAAGUAUUUUAUUACUGGUAGUCGAGACAAAAAGGUCGUUAUCUGGGGCCAGUGUGAUUUAUCUGUGAAUACUGAAGGGAAUAUGCUGGAUUUAGUCAAGCCUUGUUCAACAGUACUAGAUGCUGGGGAUUCUGUAACUGCUGUUAGUAUCAGCCGUGUGCUUACUCCUGAUGGAAGAUAUAUUGUUGCAGUAGGCUUAGAGAAUGGGAAGAUUGUCUUGUACACAUGGAAGCAAAGUGGACAAGAACUGGCAGUAGCUGACUGGACCACAUGUGUUGAGAUAGGUAACAGCCAAAGUCAUGCUCUUGCUGUGAAACGUUUAUGUUGGAGACAUCAUGCAGGCAGAGCUGGACAUAAUGAUCAGAACAGCAGCGAGUGGUUGCAGCUUGCAAGUUGUGGAGCUGAUCACUGUGUUAAAGUAUUCAAUGUCAACAGAUUUGCUCUUUAGCAAAGACAGCAGGCCUGUCUGUGCCAAACAGAUUCACAAUAUUUUAUGUCAACUUUUAGCCAUUUUGAUUAUUGAAUUUUCUGUUUUCUGCUCGGGGGAGUGAAACAUCUGACAUGUAACUUAUUAAAGCAACUUUGGUGGAAGUUUGAAA